GCGGUGUCCGCCUGCUAUACAAAACAAGCCCGACCCCGGAACACAGAACCCUCACGCGGACCGGGACCGGACCGGACCUGGGGGGACAGGAAGCACCAUGAGCGACACCAUCAAGACCCACGUGAUCCUGCUGUCCUGCGGCAGCUUCAACCCCGUCACCAAGGGACACCUGCACAUGUUCGAGAAAGCCAGAGAACAUCUGCACCAAUCAGGACGCUUCAUCGUGAUUGGAGGAAUCAUCUCUCCGGUUCACGACUCCUACCGGAAACCUGGUUUAGUGCCCAGCAGACAUCGUCUCACCAUGUGUCAGAUGGCGGUCCAGUCCUCUGAUUGGAUCAGGGUGGACCCCUGGGAGUGUUACCAGGACACCUGGCAGACCACCUGCAGCGUGCUGGAGCAUCACCGAGACCUCAUGAAGAGAGUCACCGGCUGCAUUCUGUCCAACGUCAACACGCCGUCGUCGACUCCUGUGAUUGGUCAGCCACAGAACCAGACUCCUCCCAUCUACCAGACCCACAGCAACAUGAACCACACGCCCACGGCCAUCAAGCUGUGGGGGAAGGUCAGCGAGAGCUUUGGGAAGAUCUGCUGCGUCCGCCCUCACCUGGAGCGCCUCACCUUCAUGGAUGAGAACGCCAACCUGGGCACGGCCAUGAGGUACGAGGAGAUCGAGUUACGCAUCUUGCUCCUGUGUGGCAGUGACCUCCUGGAGUCCUUCUGCAUCCCUGGUCUGUGGAAGGACAGUGAUAUGGAGGUGAUCGUGGGGGACUUCGGCCUCGUGGUGGUUCCUCGUGACGGAGUCGACACGGAGAAGAUCCUGAACCACUCCUCCAUCCUGCGCAGGUUCAAGGACAACAUCACCAUGGUGACGGAGGGGAGGAGCCACCCGAUGUCCACCGUCAGCUCCACCAAGAGCAGACUGGCCCUGCAGCACGGUGACGGCCAUGUUGUGGACUACCUGAGUCAGCCCGUCAUCGACUACAUCCUGCAGAGUCAGCUGUACAUCAACGCCUCCGGGUAGACGUCAACCUGCACGAGAACAGGGAGAGUGUUGAAGGGGGGGGGGCUACCUAUGACAUCACGUAUAUAAAUAUAACACCCACCCCCUAAAUAACGACAACGAAAACGUCCUUCUCUGUCUUCUGUGUCCAACAUUUACUCUUCUUUGAGCUUUAGUGUCACGUGACGUCACCAUCAGGGAGGGGGGGGGCUAAGGGCUGCACGCGUGUCAUUGCUGUGUUCGGCCACUGCGAUGUGACGGCAGUGUUUGUUUUCUGUCUUUAUUAAAGGACACAGCGCCGCCGGGGCAGAUGGGUAAAAAGGGGGACGAGGGUUUCAGAGUUGUGAGUCUUCAUCUCAAUAUUAACUCGUGAACUAAUCUAGAUCUUCGCUCUGCGACCUCUGACCCUCGUCAGCGUGUCGCAGGAAGUGGCGUCCGGUUUUCUUAUUGACCUCGCUCAGAAGCGUCUUUCCACCGUUGACGUCGAUUAAACUCAAUUAAACACAAUUAAACUCAAUUAAACACAAUUAAACACAAUUUACAAUGACAGAAACACAUUGUGAAGGAAACCAGAGUUUGACCUCCGAGCUGAAGGUCGUCUCUGAUCCGAAGCUUUGAGGGGCUGAAGAUGAAGAUGAAGAUGAUGAAGAUGAACUUUUGUGAAACGAAUCCUCAGCAGCAGUGUUGUUGUUGUUGUGUACACGGCUGUUGUUUCUCC